AAAUUCCUUCUGUUCCACAGUUUCAGACUUUGAUUCCUUAAACACCAAGAAGCAGCUCAAGGACUGCUCUUCUUCUGAAGUUUCUCCAAAUAUCAGAGACCUUGAAGGAAGCGAAAAGGUCAAAGAUGCAAAGUGCUGCUCUGCUGUCAGUCCUGGUCCUGGUUCCACAGCUGGUGGGCGGUCUUCCUGGGGUUCCUCCUGUGGACUGCAGUGAUAUCUACGACCAGGACAACAGCAGAGCCAGUGGAGUUUACACCGUCUAUCCCAUAGAAGACACAUAUGGGGUCCAGGUGCACUGCGACAUGGAUUCCCUCGGAGGACAGUGGAUGGUCUUCCAGAGGAGGAUGGACGGUUCUCUGAACUUCUACAGACCCUGGGAUUAUUACAGGACGGGCUUUGGUUCUGCUGAUGGAGAGAUCUGGUUGGGUCUGGAGAAUCUCUUCCAGCUCUGUUUGAGGAAAAAAUAUGAGCUGCUGGUCGACAUGGAGGAGUUUGAAGGAAACAAGGCGUACGCUCGCUACUCCUCCUUCUCCAUUGGUCCAGAGGAUGAAGGAUACAAACUGGAGGUGACGGGAUUCACUGAUGGAGGAGCAGGAGACGCUCUGAGCUACAACAGUGGAAUGAAGUUCUCCACCUUUGACAAAGACCAGGAUGCCUGGCAUGACAACUGUGGGAAAAAAUCUUUAGGGGCGUUCUGGUAUAAAGAGUGCACCUAUGCAAACCCUAACGGCAUUUAUCGUUGGGGGAAAGAUGGUGCAAUCCAGGCAGUUGGGGUGGAGUGGGAACAAUGGAAGGGUUCUAACUAUUCUCUGAAGAGCAUCAGCUUUAAGAUCCGUCCUUUAAGAUAAUUCUUUGUCUGAUGGCAUUCCCACAUAUUAACAUGCAAUCAAGAAAACAAUUGAAGGAAAUACAUGUUUGCCAUACAUGAGACAUGAGGCCAGGAGGCACAUUGCCCGCAUGGAUUUUAACCCUAAUCCUAAUUCUUUAAGACAAACGUUCAGCUGUGCAGUUUGGCCUGCUGUGUACAAAUAAUCAGUGGAACCAUUCAGUCACAAGCUAACCUUAAUAUGUAGAUAUAAAAUUACAUGACUGAUUGUUAGAAGCUGAAUUCAAGUGUUAUGUUCCGCUGUCAAUAAAGAAGAAGCAGAGCAGUGAUGUUUCCACUUUGUUUUUAUGUCUGCAAUAAAUAUGGCUGACCUCAUGUUCAAGUUCA